CCAGCUAUAAGGCCUGUGGAGAGGAGAGGCCCCCAUUGCUCCCUGAUGACACUAAGGAUGAAGACAGUCCUGCUGCUCCUUGUCACCCUGACUGUGGCCCUGAGCCCAGCCUACACACUCCGCUGUCACGUGUGCAGCAGCAGUACCAGCAACUGCAAGAAUUCCCAGGAGUGCCCUAUCGGCUCUCGCUACUGCAAGACCAUGACUUCAGUGGAAUCUCUGGCAGGGAACCUGGUGACGAAGAGCUGUGAGAGUUCGUGCACACCUACCUAUAGCCAGCAGGGCCAGAUCAGCAGCGGUACCGGGUCCACACACUGCUGCCAGGAAGACCUGUGCAACGAGAAUCUGUCCAGUGCUGCACCUGCCACUGCCCUGCUCAGCAGCGCCACCUCAGGCGUGGUGCUGGCCUUAGGGCUCCUUGCCCUUCUCCUGGCUCCCAGUCUGUAACCCCUUUCCAUUUCUGGAGUUACUGCAAUCCCUCUCUCUGGCCACAUGGGGAUGCCAGAUUCCUGAAGUCAGGGACUCCCUGCAGGCUGGGGCCCAGUCCUGGUGUGUGCAGGACAAGAGGAAGUGGCCAGCCAGGCAGUAUGGAAGACAAAGGAAAGACGUCCGAUCCCCCUCCUGAAUUUUCUACUUUUGUUACUUACUUUUCUACUCAAACCUCUGCAUAUAAAUAAAUGAUUUAAAACCAG